GUGGCUGGAUCUGGUCCUUGGGGGAAAAGAUACGCGGAGCUUGGUGAACACGUUAGGGUUUUAGGGUCUUUAGAGCCAGAAGAGCUCUCUGGUUUCUACAACGCUUUGGAUGUGUUUGUGAAUCCAACGUUGAGACCUCAAGGGCUUGAUUUGACGAUCAUUGAGGCAAUGCAGUGUGGGAAACCUGUUGUGGCGCCGAACUACCCGAGCAUUGUUGGGACGGUGGUUGUGGAUGAGCGUUUUGGGUAUACGUUUUCUCCAAACGUGAGGUCUCUUGUUGAGACGUUGGAUUCUGUUGUGAGAGAUGGGUCUAGGGUUUUGGAGAUGAAGGGGAAAGCUUGUAAGGAUUAUGCUCUUUCAAUGUUUACAGCUACUCAGAUGGCUUCAGCCUAUGAGAGAUUCUUUAUGUGUAUGACUAAUGAGAGGUUUUGUAGGUACCCU